AUCGAUGGCGUGGCCUAUACGUGUGAUUGGCACCGCGUUCUCUUGCCAGUCUGUUGCGGGACGAGGACGGAGGCAGCACAAGGGGGCUCUGACUCGUCUGAGUGUCCACCCGGGACCUUUUGGCGAGCUAUCGUGAACUCGCACGCCUGUUAAAGAGGCUGAGUAGUCAAAACCAGGCAAACGGACCAGAGGAGAGGCGUACAGUAGUUGCACAACUGCUGGUGGUUCGCAUUCUUCUGCCAGCGGGGAGGAGGAAGAAGAAAGGAGGGCUCAGCGAUGGUCACGGCCAUGGAGGAUGCCAAUGUGGCUCGGACAGAGGAGGAGGUGCAAGAGGUGACACCCCCGCCUGGGGUGGACGUGCCUGCGGUGGCCAGCCAGGCCAACCAGGAAGCAGUUACAUCUGGAGCCAUGCAGGAGGUGUUGGAUAAUCUAAGUGAACUUCCCGCCACCGGGGGCGCCAAGGACAUCGACCUGCUCUUCCUACGCGGGAUCAUGGAAAGCCCGAUUGCUCACGAACAGCUGGAGGAGGUGAAGCUGGAGGCAGUGCAGGACAACAAUGUGGAGCUGGUGACGGAGAUCCUGGGCGACAUCAGCGGCCUCGAAGUUAGAGACGACAGCGCGGCCGAACUGUCCAGGAUCCUGCAGGAGCCCCACUUUCAGUCCCUCCUGGAGGCGCACGACAUGGUGGCCUCCAAAUGCUACGAAGUCCCGCCCCCUGCCGAGAUGGCCAAUGAUGCCGCAGUGAACAGCGCGCUUAUGCAGGCAGAUGCCGUGCGCAUGAUCGGCAUCCGAAAAAAGGCCGGGGAGCCUCUGGGCGUAACUUUUCGCGUGGAGAAAGAUGACCUCGUCAUUGCGAGGAUCCUCCAUGGCGGCAUGAUUGACAGGCAAGGACUACUGCACGUGGGCGACAUAAUAAAGGAAGUGAACGGCAAGGACGUGGGCAACAAUCCCACCGAGCUACAGGAAAUGCUCAAGGACUGCAGCGGCGGGAUCACCCUCAAAAUACUGCCGAGCUACCGUGACGCUCCUGCGCCCCCGCAGGUGUACGUGCGGCCCUACUUUGACUACGACCCGGCCAUCGACAACUUGAUCCCCUGCCGGGAGGCCGGCAUGGCUUUCAAGCGCGGUGACAUCCUUCAGAUUGUCAACAGAGAAGAUCCCAACUGGUGGCAGGCUUGUCACGUGGUGGGCGGGGCGACAGGACUGAUCCCCAGUCAGUUUUUGGAGGAGAAGAGGAAAGCUUUUGUCCCUCGGGACUUUGAUGGAUCAGGGAUCCUUUGCGGCACCAUUGCUGGGAAGAAGAAGAAAAAGAUGAUGUAUCUAACCGCCAAGAAUGCAGAGUUUGACAGGCACGAGCUGCAGAUCUACGAAGAAGUGGCCAAGGUUCCUCCAUUCCAGAGAAAGACGUUAGUUUUGAUCGGUGCUCAGGGCGUGGGCCGACGUAGCCUCAAGAACCGGCUGAUGGUCCUUCAGCCGACCCGCUUCGGCACUACUAUACCAUACACGUCCCGACGUCCCCGCGACGAGGAGCUGGACGGCAACUCGUACCACUUCACCUCCAGGGCGGAGAUGGAAGUGGACGUGAAGGCCGGCCGCUUCCUGGAGCACGGCGAGUACGACGGCAACCUGUACGGCACCAAGAUCGAGUCCAUCCACGAGGUGGUGGCCGCCGGGCGGACGUGCAUCCUCGAUGUUAACCCGCAGGCUCUGAAGGUCCUGAAAACGGCAGAGUUCAUGCCUUACGUGGUGUUCAUUGCGGCGCCCGACUUCGACACCCUCAAGGGCAUGCAUAAAGCCGUCGUGGACGCCGGCCUCACCACCAAACAGCUCACGGACGUGGACCUGAGGAAGACAGUGGACGAGAGCGCGCGCAUCCAGAGGGCUUACGGCCACUACUUCGACCUGACCAUCACCAACGACAACCUGGACAAAGCCUUCGACACGUUACAGGCUGCCGUGGACAAACUGCGCACUGAAUCUCAGUGGGUUCCCGUGAACUGGGUGUAUUGAGGACACCCCCCUCCCCCAAAAGAAGGAAGAGAACCAAGAGCUACUUAUGUAAAAAAAACAAAUAUUCCUCUUCAAUUUGAAUGCUCUCCAUCCUCUGGAGCGCGCACGCCACGCAACUUUUUUCUACUUCGACUCAAAGGGAAAGAGUGCUUAGUAUUUAUUUUAUAACUUUUUAUGAAAGAUAUUUCUAUACAAUGUGGAAAUGCAGCAAAAAGAAAAGAAAAUGAGGCAUUCAUUUAUUGUAGGUUAUUUUUGUGUUAAAUGUCUUUGUUUCAGCUUCCCGUCUGUGUCGCAUCAACCUGUGUGUUAACAUUGACAUAGGAUGCAUAAUUUUUCAAAUCAAUGGUUAUACUGGGGGUUUUUUUUUUGUGUGUGGAAAAGUCGCACUCGUUCAUGAUCAAACACUGUUCAUUUUUUGUAGUUUUUGUUUAACGUGGUUAUUGUUUCUAGUGUACUUUUUUGUUACCAAUGAUCCUGCCUGCCUGUCUACAUGACCUUCACACUGUCCUCAACUUAAAGCCAAUGUGUAUGUUUCAUAUAUGUGAAAGUCGCACAAAUUCUACACUACAACCUUAAGGGCAAAGAAAAAUCAUUCAUUUCAGUUAUGUAUGUCUUUAUUUAUUAAAACUAGUUAAACUUU